AGCUUCAAGAAAAAUGUAUUGCAUUUAUUGUAGAAAACUUCUCCAAGAUUAUUCAGAGUGAAAAUUUUGCUCUUCUCUUACAGUCACAAGCAAUGAGUAGCACAGCCGAUCUGUUGGACACAAUUUUCAAAGCAAUUGAAGAAAAUAUCACCACUGAAAAUAGUUGCUCUCUUCUUAUGGCUCUGGACACAUUGCUGAACUCUGACAGUACAAAGGAAAUGGGUUUUACGUGCAAGAUCCAGGCUCUGCGUGAUAAGCUGUGGAUCUUCCUGGUUCAGUCUUUCUAUGCUGUUCGUCACACAGAAAGCUGGAAGCUGAUGAGCACAGAUGAUCAACAGAAAAUCCAAGCAGCUGCAUUUGACAAAGGUGAUGAUCGAAGACUUGGCAAAAAGCCUAUAUUCAGUAGCUCACAGCAAAGGAAACAAGUUUCUGACUCUGGUGAUAUAAAAAUCAAAUCUUGGAGGGAAAAUAACAAGAAAGAGUGUUGGAGUUAUCUCUCUACUAAUAAAAAGAUGAAAUCCGAUGGAUUAGGAGCAUCUGGACAUUCAUCAAGUACCAAUAGAAAUAGUAUAAAUAAAACUCUGAAGCAAGAUGAUGUAAAGGAAAAAGAUGGUACAAAAAUAGCAUCUAAAAUUACAAAACAACUAAAAACUGGGGGAAAAAAUGUUUCUGGAAAGCCCAAAACUAUAAUAAAAUCCAAAACAGGAAAUGGUGAUAAUGCACGGUUGGAAAACAUGUCACCUAGACAAGUUGUAGAAAGAUCAGCAACAGCAGCAGCAGCAGCAGCAACUGGACAGAAGAAUUUACUAAAUGGAAAAGGAGUGAGAAAUCAGGAAGGGCAAAUUACAGGUGCCAGACCCAAGGUACUCACAGGAAACUUAAAUGUGCAAGCCAAAGCAAAGCCUUUGAAGAAAGCGACAGGGAAGGAUUCUCCAUGCCUCAGCAUCGCAGGACCCUCUAGCAGAUCCACAGAUUCAAGUAUGGAAUUCUCAAUUUCCACUGAAUGUCUGGAUGAACCAAAAGAAAAUGGAUCAAUAGGAGAAGAAAAGCCUUCUGGACAUAAACUAUCCUUUUGUGAUUCUCCAGCACAGAUGGUGAAAAACAGUGUAGAUAGUGUCAAAAAUUCCACUGUAGCCAUAAAAUCUCGACCUGUUUCAAAAGUUACCAAUGGAACUUCCAAUAAAAAAAGUAUUCAUGAACAAGACACUAACAUAAAUAACAGUGUACUAAAGAAGGUCAGUGGCAAAGGAUAUAGUGAGCCAGUACCACAGGCAAUUUUGAAGAAAAGAGGAACUAGCAAUGGAUAUGGCGCAGCUCAGCAGAGGACAAAGAGUACCCCAUCUAAUCUUACUAAAACUCAAGGAUCCCAAGGAGAGUCACCAAACUCAGUAAAAUCUUCAGUCUCUUCAAGGCAGUCUGAUGAAAAUGUGGCAAAGUUGGACCAUAAUAUGCCUACAGAGAAACAAGCACCUAAGAGAAAAAUCGUCAAGCAAGUACACACAGCUUUGCCUAAGGUUAAUGCAAAAAUAGUGGCAAUGCCUAAAAAUCUAAAUCAGUCAAAGAAAGGUGAAACUUUGAAUAAUAAAGAUUCAAAACAGAAAAUGCUUCCUGGACAGGUUAUGUCAAAAACUCAUCCUUCCUCCCAAAGACCUUUAAAAAGUGAAACAUCUAUUGUCCAAAAAAGUAUGUUUCAUGAUGUGCGUGAAAAUAACAACAAGGACAGUGAUUCUGAACAGAAGCCUCACAAACCUCUCAUUAAUCUUGCAUCUGAAAUCAGUGAUGCAGAAGCACUCCAGUCAUCCUGCAGGCUUGACCCACAAAAGCCAUUACAUGAUCAAGAAAAAGAGAAGUUGGUGUUAGAAUGCCAAAAUAUUUCAAAGCUGGAUAAAUCAUUAAAACACAAACUGGAAUCCAAACAGAUUUGUUUAGAUAAAAGUGAAACAAAAUUUCCCAAUCACAACGAAACAGAUCAUUGCAAUGUAGCUAACAUAUGUUGUCAUUCUGAUGGGAGUGAUAAUGUAAAUUCAAAAUUGUAUAGCACCACAGCCCUAAAAUACAUGGUUCCAAAUCCAAAUGAAAAUUCCUUGAACUCUAAUCCAGUUUGUGCUUUAGACUCAACAAGUGCAGGGCAAAUCCAUUUGAUAUCAGAUAGGGAGAACCAAGUAGGGAGAAAAGAUACAAACAAACAAUCAAGUAUUAAAUGUGUGGAAGAUGUUUCACUGUGUAUUCCUGAAAGGGCAAAUGGUACCUUAAAUUCUGCUCAAGAAGACAAAAAAUUGAAAGUUCCUUUGGAAGGACUGACAAUUUCUAGUAAGUUGUCUGAUGCCUCUGCUAUGGAUGAAGACAAACAUGCUACAGCAGACUCAGAUGUUUCCUCCAAGUGUUUUUCAGGACAGCUGUCAGAAAAAAAUUCUCCUAAAAAUAUGGAAACAUCAGAAUCUCCAGAGAGCCGUGAAACUCCAGAAACUCCAUUUGUGGGUCACUGGAAUUUGAGUACUGGUGUUCUGCAUCAGAGAGAGAGUCCUGAAUCUGAUACUGGCAGUGCUACCACAUCCUCCGAUGACAUAAAGCCCAGAUCUGAAGACUAUGAUGCCGGAGGGUCUCAGGAUGAUGAUGGGUCAAAUGACAGAGGUAUCUCUAAAUGUGGCACUAUGCUGUGCCAUGAUUUUCUUGGAAGAAGUAGCAGUGAUACCAGUACUCCUGAAGAAUUAAAAAUUUAUGAUAGUAAUUUAAGAAUUGAAGUAAAAAUGAAAAAGCAAAGUAGUAAUGAUCUUUUCCAAGUUAAUUCAACAAGUGAUGAUGAAAUCCCUAGGAAAAGGCCAGAAAUUUGGUCUCGAUCUACAAUAGUUCACCCUAGGGAAAAAGAAAAUAUUCCACGAGGCAGUGUCCAGUUUGCUCAGGAAAUAGAUCAAGUAUCUUCUUCAGCAGAUGAAACAGAGGAUGAAAGAUCUGAAGCUGAAAAUGUUGCAGAAAAUUUCUCUGUAUCUAACCCAGCUCCUCAGCAGUUUCAGGGAAUAAUUAAUUUAGCUUUUGAAGAUGCAACUGAAAAUGAAAGUCGUGAAUUUUCUGCAAAUAAAAAGUUUAAAAGGUCAGUUUUACUUUCAGUUGAUGAAUGUGAAGAGCUGGGAUCAGAUGAAGGAGAAGUCCAUACUCCCUUUCAGCCUUCUGUAGAUUCUUUUUCACCUUCUGAUGUUUUUGAUGGCAUUUCUCAUGAACAUCAUGGAAGGACCUGCUAUUCCAGAUUCUCACGAGAAAGUGAAAAUAAUAUUUUAGAAUGUAAACAAAAUAAAGGCAAUAGUGUAUGUAAAAAUGAAAGCACUCUCUUGGAUCUUAGUAGCAUUGACUGUUCAAGAAAAAAUAAACAGAGUGUUUCAGCCACAGGAAAAAAGAACACAAUAGAUGUCCUAUCCAGUAGAGGCAGACAGCUUCUUCCAGAAGAUAAAACAGUAAACAAUGGAAGCAGUGUAGAUAAUGACAUUCAGCAACGCAGCAAAUUCUUGGAUAGUGAUGUAAAAUCUCAAGAAAGACCAUGUCACUUGGAGCUUCAUCAAAGAGAACCCAAUUCUGACAUACCAAAGAACAGCUCUACAAAAUCUCUAGACUCCUUUCGGAGUCAAGUUCUGCCUCAGGAAGGUCCAGUGAAAGAGAGCCAUUCUACAGCUACUGAAAAAGCUAAUAUUGCUUUAUCUGCAGGAGACAUAGAUGAUUGUGACACACUGGCACUAACCUGCAUGUAUGACCAUCGGCCUUCAAAAACCCUGUCUCCAAUAUAUGAGAUGGAUGUAAUAGAAGCAUUUGAGCAGAAAGUGGAAUCAGAAACACAUGUUACAGAUGUGGAUUUUGAAGAUGACCAACAUUUUGCAAAACAAGAUUGGACACUACUAAAGCAACUGCUCUCUGAACAGGAUUCAAACUUAGAUGUUACAAAUUCCGUUCCUGAAGACUUAAAUUUAGCACAGUAUCUAAUCAAUCAGACACUACUUUUAGCGCGAGAUAGCUCAAAACCUCAGGGUAUAGCACAUAUUGACACUUUGAACAGAUGGAGUGAACUAACAUCUCCACUUGAUGAUUCCUCAGCGAGCAUCACCAUGGCUAGUUUUUCCUCUGAAGAUUGUUCGCCUCAAGGGGAGUGGACAAUUCUGGAACUGGAAACUCAGCAUUAAGUGUUAACAUUUUGGAAAAAUUUAUGCCACUCCUUUAUUUUUUGAUGCCUAUAUUAUAUCCAAAUGAUAAUUGCAUUAGCCAGAUAUAAACUUUCCUUAAUAUUGAGUCUUUCCAAUUUAAUGAGGUAAACAUAGUUUAUUUAUUAAUAAUAUCACAUACAGAAAAAUGUUUUUCUAAAGUUUUUGAGCAUGUUUUCUAUAAUUAUUAGAAAAAUUAGAAGACUUGUAAGGAAACCCUUGCUUCAGUUUUCCUUUCCUAACUGAUCAUUUGUUCACUUGUUCAUUAUUCAAGAAUUUAAAAUGUGAAUGCACAAGUAGAUCAGUCCCUUUACUUUUUGCUCUGCAUAUGGUAACAUAGUAAUUUAACAAUAAAAAACUUACUGUGCUUGUGUCCAUU